AUGAAGCAAGGUUGGUUAGUGAAAGAGGGCGGAGGGUGGAAAAGUUGGAAACGACGGUGGUUUGCGCUUAAUGGCAAUUCAUUGAUGUACUAUAAAGACCAACUCAUGAUGAAAAAGAUGGGUGAGAUUGACAUCUCAUUAGCCUUCUCAAUCACCCCAAAUGACGAAACGAAGAUAAAGCAUUAUCAAAACUUGUUUUUAAUAAGGACUCCGUCGCGUGUGUAUAACAUCUCCGCAACAUCCGAACAAGACAGAGAAGAGUGGAUCAAUGUUCUUACGCAGUGCACCAAAUCCGUGACUGAGCAACUUGUUGUUGAAAAGGAGCAACCCAUUACAAUGAAUGAUUUUGAUAUAGUUACUUUACUAGGAAAAGGUGCUUUUGGGAAGGUCUUACUUGUGAAGUACAAGAGGACUGGGGAGAUGUUUGCGUUGAAAAUGGUCGAAAAGAAAAAGGUCAUUGAAAUGGAUGAACUCGAACAUACGAUGACGGAAAGAAACAUACUGAUGAAGGUCAAACACCCAUUUCUUGUGAAUUUAUAUUACUCCUUUCAGACCACAACUCAUUUGCAUUACGUGAUUGAUUACUGUCCGGGAGGAGAGAUGUAUUUCCGACUGACGUUAGAAAAGUCGUUUUCGGAGGAGCGAACACAAUUCUACAUUGCUCAAAUCAUCUUGGCGAUUGAAUGCUUACACCAGUUGAAUGUGAUAUAUCGUGAUAUUAAGCUCGAGAACGUUUUGAUGUGCGAAGAUGGGUAUUUGAAGUUAACAGAUUUUGGGUUGUCGAAGGAAAACGUGAAGUCAGAUGACCGCUCUGAGACGUUUUGUGGAACACCAGAAUACUUAUCACCGGAAGUUGUCUUAGCGCAACCAUACACAAACGUUAUCGAUUGGUGGGGAAUUGGUAUCAUGACGUUUGAAAUGUUACACGGCCAAGCUCCUUUUGUGAGUGAUAACAUUCAACAAUUGUAUCAACGCAUUCUUAACGCAGAUGUUGCAUUCCCAAGUUCUUCCAUAGCAAGCCCUCCAUGUCGAGACUUCAUUAAUAAGAUGUUACAAAAGAAGAUCGAAGAUAGACUCAAUACUCCCGAGAAAAUCAAGUCACAUAUGUGGUGGAAUGGGUUCAAUUGGGACGAUUUGUAUCAGAAGAAAAUACAGGCGUCCUUUAAGCCAGACCUCACUAACAAAGAGAACAACUUCGACCAAGAAACUCUAGACGAACACUUCGACUUACAGGAGGAAAUUAACUCGUCGAAAGACCCAAACGUGGACCAGACUGCCUUCGGAGAAUUUACUUUCAAAAGAAGCUAA